UAAAAAGUUAUUCUGUUACUUAAGUGUUUAAUUAUAUAAAUUGCUCAAUGUGUAACUAAUUGUAAACGAAUCGGUGCAAUCAAAUCAAUCAAAGACGUAACAGUCCUUUGAACGAAUCGACGAUAUUAAAGACAUAAAUUUUUUGAAAAUUUAUACAACACUUCAUUUUCAACGUCAGCGAAUUUUAAUGUGAAAAAUAAACGAAUAUGGAACUAUGACUAUGAAAGUUGUGAUAAUUUUUAUAAUAACCCUCUAUAAUCAAACGUGAUUGUGGAAUGUUCUACCUCCUUGAUGUCAGCUGAUAAAUCUUCAAUGUGACGGUGGUUUAAAUAAUCUCUUAAACUACCAAAAUUCUAAACAACAAUUAAUAUCUGAUUAAAUUGCGGUCAACUUUUUGGUGAUAUAAUCCCUGCGAAAGUUUUUUGGAGUACAUUUUACGUAAUAACUUCUUAAUGUGGUGAUGAACGUGCAGUCGCAUCGCGUUUCUUGCAAUGUGACUUUAUGCAGCAAUUAUUAGACGUAUUAAAAACAAAUAAUUAACUACAUCAACGAAUUAGGGUAGACUUCUGUAGUGGAGUAAAAUCGGUGAUCCGGUCUCGAAUCAAACACAUUCAAAACACAAAUGAAUAUCUAUAAUAUGCACAUACAUCUAUGACGGAAAAAAACAUUCGAAAAUCAUUUCACAUGCGAGAAAUUAUACCUGCUGUCAUCGCCCUCGAAUCGAAGAAAUUAAAGAUAAAAAAAAAAGGUACACGUAUUCCUGCGAGGUGUAGAAAAAACUUGACCGAACACUGGAACAGGCUUGAACCACCUAGCGGACGGAAAAUAGAGAAUCAAAAGCCAUUCCCCAUGCUCGUGAAAAACUUUGCCGCAAGUGUGAAGUAAGGUAUUCACGGUGUGCGGAUUGGGGCGAAUCCUCGGCUACAUCGGCGGCAGGCCGUCGGUGGGGGCCAACAUGUCGCAGUCGGGUUCAAACGGUUCGAACGGUUUGAACGCUGGUAACGAUUCGUCGCACCGCACGGGCACCGGUUCCCUACAGGGACAAACCCUCGGAGUUAGUCAGAAUGGCAAGUCGGUGAAAGAGCAGCACCAUCAUCAGUUGGACCACCAACAACCGAAGAGCAACGACGCGGUUGACCUCUCCAACGGUUUCGAAAAUCGCACCAUGGAGUACGAACGAUACGCUCAGGAACGAGCCCAGGAAAGAACCGUCAACCAGAUAAGUCACGCUGGCAUGACUUACCAGAACCAGGCCCAAACCCAGAGCGGCGUUCAGUACAACACUGCUGGUGACGGUGUGCAAACCAUGCAGCCUGUCCAGUUUCCUCAAGCGGGAAGGAUCACCGGCGGUCAACUCGACGACCGUCAUCCGGUACCUGGACAAAUACCAACCCAGUAUGGUCAGGACAAGAUGCAGUCUAUGCAGGAGAGAGUCCAGUACGUCUCGCAGACUGGGACUCAGAUCAUGCCGGUCCAGGUGCAGCCGCAGUUUACCGGUCAGGAAUACUCCGGCGAUCAGGGACAGUUCUCGCAGAUAAGGUCGCAGUUCGAGGUCAGGUCGCAGGCUUAUACGGGGCAGGGUCAGUACUCGGAGAGGGCGGGUUACGUGACCAGGGACAUCGCGUACCGGGAUCAGUCGGUCUACAGUCAGCCGAAUUCGGUCCCGAUCUUCGGAGGGCAGGGACAGUACGUAACCGUUCAACCGCAGUCGUCACAGUCGGCGAGCCCGCAGCCGACGUAUUAUUCGGGCGUUGUGAUACCGUCGCAAACAUUCGCCCAGAUCAGCUCUCAGCAGCAGUACCCUUACGGUCAAUAUACCCAGACUGUGAUGAACCCCGGAACCGUGCCGUACGCUAGUCAUCCGGGAAACAUCGUUAUCGGGCACCCUCAGCAGUUCGGACAGCAGUCGCCAAACCCUCAAGGGUUCUCCCAGGACUCGGGACAGUACCAAAAUCAGCCCAUUAUCCAGCCCAUUGCUCAGAACAUCGCUCAGGGGAUGCAGAUCGUCGUGACUGCCGAGCGACCAACUCGUGGUCCUAAACCGACGGUUCCGCCUCGGGGGAACUCAAAAAUUACUCACGAUUCGACCGGGCAUCGGAAAUCCGCAAGCGUUGACGUUUCGUCGAUACAGAAGCCGGGGAAUCAGGCGCAACAUCUGCAAGGUGUUCACCAUAAGUACGACGCGAAUGCUGGAAACAUUCAGGAUAUUCAUCGCGGAGAGAUUUCCGGUGUUACAGGGACUCAGAGUCUGCCAGAAAGUACGGAGAGAAGAUACUUGGCUCCGAUUAAUCAAAAUCCUAGGACCAGACAGGACGGACUGUACAUCGAUACUAAUGGCGAUAAAAUCGGCACCGCUUCGGAAGCGGCUGGUUCUGAGUCAGCGAUUUACGUCUCGCGACCGGAGCACCGGAAGUCUGCAUCCGUCGACGUGACGACGAGCUUUCAGAAGAGAAACGAUACCAUUACUUUCACCUUCCCCGGUGAUAACCAAGAGAUUUUAGUACCUGGACGGAAAAUGUCUAAUUCAGAGGUGAAGAGACACGAGGGUGGUAACGCUUUUCCCGCCAUCGGUAUCGGGCCGUCGUUCGACCCCUCGUCACGUCAGGAAAAUCGCAAAAGCGUUAUCGGCGUUGAGCGAAAGCCGGAUUGGGGCUGCGCGCUUAGCCCCGGUCAAAGAUCGAUAUCUCACGAGAAUCGACGCUCGGAUUACUUUGAGGAGCACAGACGGUCGCCGUUAACUCUCGACCAGAAGAGGAUGGACGAAGUGAGGAAGUCCCCGAUGCCGUUCGUCCCGAUACGAGACCUCUCGGCGGACCGUGCCGGCCAGAAGUCACCGUCCUUCGUUAACCAAGCUUUCGAGAAAACCAGACAAGAGCUCGCCGUCUGGGCUGAGCAAAGGCAACGGCAGGAACUCGAGAAAGGAGGUGGAGGAGGGGGAGGAGCAGGAGGAGUCGGUGCUCCAGUACAGCCGCACAUCUUCACCACUAGUCCCAGGUCGAGGAAUCAAUCGGAAGAACGGAAGGACCCGAGGAUGAUGAUGAACCAGGUCGAGGAGAGGCGGGAGCUCAGGAUGUCACAGUCGGCGUUUCAGCCGAUACCGAACAUCAGUCAGAACACGAUAAUGGAACAGCGACGUCACCUGCGUCACGUGAGUGCCGAUCUUACCAAACACAUGGAGCUCUCACGCAAGGACUUUGACGAGCAGCCAACCGCCGCUUCCAUGGCUAGUCUCGGUGCUAUUAUGCCUGGAAUUGGCUCGCAGAGAACGAGUCCUAGUCUACUGUGCCAACAGUAUCCGGCCAUCAGCGAGGCUAAAAUUGACGCCAAAUGCGCCCUGACGAUCGCCACGGACUUUGGAGACGGGUCUGUCAAGUCGAUGGAGCAGGUCGAUCACAUUAUUCAUAGUCAUAGAAAGAGCCAGAAUCUCGGCUCGACUUUGUUGACCCACAGCAAAAGUCAGACCGAAUGUCUUCAGGCGAAUAACGAGGCUCAGAACGAGGGAUCCACUGGUGCUCAGUUUCAGCAGCAGAUACAGAUGCAGAAUCAGCAGAGCCUUGAUCAGAUAUCGGAGAAAUUGUCGCAGUUUGAGAGACAGCAGAGCGAUUUGCAGACGAAACUUCAGUGUCUGCAGAAUCAGAGUCAAAUUUUAGACAAGGUAUCGCAGUUUCAGCACCAGCAGAGCGAUCUCCAGGCAAAAAUGCAGAGUCUUCAAAGCCAGGCUCAGCCUAUCGAAAAGCUUAAUCAAAUUCAAACCGGGCAUCAAUUUCACGGUACCAACAACGAGUCUCAAGUGCCGAACAAGCCGCAGUCCGCGAGUCUUCAGACCUCCGAACAAAUUAGCGAGAAGUUAUCGCAGCUACACAGACAGCAGAGUGAAAUUCAAACCCAUCAAAACAACCUGCAUAAUCAGCUUCAGCAAACUCUUCAUCAAGGCUUUCUACCCGGUGGUUAUAAAAACACUUUUCAAAGCCAAAAUCAAAUGGCUGAGAAACUCUCACCGCGUUUACAACAACACGACGACUCGGAUCCAAACCCAAUUCAAAUCCCCAGCAUGUCUCAGAUGCCCUUACCAAAUUUGUCCCAGUUCGAUAGAACUGAAGUUGGCCGGAGUUCGUUACAGUACAGAUUCGCCCAGUGUGACGCGAUCGACGUUGGUUCCAGUGCAGCGAGCUUUGCCAUCGGUAGUAGCGCCAGUUUUACUGGUACACUCAAGAAAGUUCCACCGGAGAAACCACCCCGAACAUCGUUGAUCGUCCAAUCGCCAGAGGCAGAGAGUAACAGGAGUCAGCCGGCCAUUGGACUCAAGCAGACGCCAAAGGCGAGGCCUACGAUUUUCGGCACUGUGGCUUCCGAUCUCAAUCCCAAGGAUGGCAACAGUCGAAGGAGUCUACCCCAGACGCCGGCAGGAUGUACCGGGGCCAAGGGUCUCAGCAUCGGAAGUGCUGGAAGCGGUAACGUCGGUUCUGUUCCUGGUCCGGGGCUGGCAAAUGGAGCCAACGUAGAACAUCCGGAUCCGAGAGAUAGUGCCGCUAUCAACACCGAGCACGCGCUGGUGUAUCGGGAUGGGAAUCUGGUUUCGGGCUCGUUGGAGGCUCUCGUCCAACACAUGGUACCAACCGAGGAUUAUUACCCGGAUCGCGCCUACCUCUUCGCCUUCCUCCUCAGCGCCAGACUCUUCAUAAAACCACACGAGCUCCUCGGCGAGGUUUGCGCCCUCUGCGAACUACAGCAGAAUCUCACCGGCGAGGGUGGAAAGGAGAGGCUUCAUCGGUUCGUUCCAAGGCUCGUCCAGCUCUUGGCCGAGUGGACGGAGACAUUCCCCUACGAUUUUCGGGACGAAAGAGUCAUGGGUCACGUGCGGGCCAUCACCCAGAAGGUGGCUGCCGUUGACGCAACAGCAAGACAAGAGGUUUCGGCUCUUCUUCAGAAUCUUUUGCUCAGGUUAACAGCCUUGGAAAGGUACGAGGAAGGACUCGCAAGAUUAGCGACCGAAGCCGCCGCCGAACAACUCACUCAGGUCGACGUCACGGAGCUUUGUCCAUCGGCAUCUGUUCUCGCUCAGCAACUCACCCACGUCGAAUUGGAACGACUUUCUUACAUCGGUCCGGAGGAAUUUGUCCAGGCAUUCGCAAAGGAGUCACCGCACUUGGAAACGUCGUUCAAAGAUAUGAAAAAGACCAGAAACUUGGAAUCGUAUGUGCAGUGGUUCAACAGACUGAGUUACUUUGUAGCAACAGAAGUCUGCAAGCAUGCAAAAAAGAAACAACGAGUAAGGGUCGUCGAGUACUGGAUAGAAACGGCCAGGGAGUGUUUCAACAUCGGCAACUUCAAUUCUCUCAUGGCUAUCAUCGCUGGUCUCAACAUGUCGCCAAUUUCUCGGCUGAAAAAAACCUGGUCGAAAGUUCAGUCAGCCAAGUUUUCGAUACUGGAACACCAAAUGGAUCCGAGCAGUAAUUUCAGCAGCUAUAGAAGCACCUUGAAGGCAGCGAUGUGGCGAAGCGCCGGAGCGACUGACGAACGACAACGUAUAGUCGUGCCAUUUUUCAGCCUCCUUGUCAAGGACCUUUAUUUUCUGAACGAGGGUUGCAGUAACAAAUUGCCGAACGGACACAUCAAUUUCGAGAAAUUUUGGCAGCUCGCAAAACAAGUUACGGAAUUCAUAGCAUGGAAACAAGUCGCUUGUCCAUUCGAGAAGAACGCGCGUGUGAUCGCCUUUCUUCAAGCAAGCCCCGUACUCACGGAAAACUCAUUGGCUCUAGCGUCGUUUGAAUGCGAACCACCGGAUAACAACCCAGAGAAAGAACGUUACAAAUCUCUAAAAUCCGAGUUAAACGCUCAGUGAGUUGAAUAUGGGGGAUUUAAAGACGCCAAACUUGAAAGGUACUGAAUACGCGAAUUACGAAUACGAAUAUUUAAGGGAAUAUUACAUAUGGGUGAAUAACUUUAUACCUAUAUUAAAGAUGUAAUUGAAAUGCGAACGAUAAUAUGAAUGAAGCGAUUCUAAACCCAUGGAUUCGUCAUACGUAUAAAUUAUACAUAUAGUCAAAGUAUUACAAGGUAUUAUAGGAAUCUAAUACCCACCAAUUGAAUGGUCUGCGUUUGGCCAUAGACCCGGAAAUUAUUAUAGAGAUCUCACGUUCAAUACAAGUACAUAUACUGUAGUUAUACAAUAUAUUACAAAAUAUCGAUAACGCAGCAAAAUUUCAAACUUCACGGUUGAAAUACUUUUGGCAAUUAUUUAUUCGAGCGCAAUUUUCUUUGAUCCAUUCUUCUUUCCACUUAGAUCAUAAAUUUCAAGGCACGGCGCUAGAGCCACGGCAACUUCGCGGCCAAUUUUAUAGGACAAUCUCCUAUGAGACACGUUCGACAUUCAACAAUUCUUGCCCAAGUUUCAACAUGAUUAUAAUUUCUCAAAUUUCAAUGGACGGUCAUCGGAUUCACGUAACAGUAUCGUAUAGGAGUAAGAAUAGUUCCUAAGCCUCAUCAAACCUCGUGCAUUAAAAAAUCUAAAAUACGGAUAUUACAUAAAUACCAUAUUAUUCGUCAGAUCACGAUAUUUUUUAUCGAAAAUCUCUCUAAAACCCAGCUUACGGUUUUCAAAUGUAAUACAAUCAUCGGUCAUAUUUCUUAUAAUUACGUAUGUAUAAAUUUGAUAAUUGUGACCAUUUUUUCUUACUUUCUGUCUCAGUCAUAUUAGUCUAGGUAUUCUUCUUUGUCACUUUUUUACGAUAAUUAUAUAUAUAUAUAAAUUUUCUUCGCAAAGAUUGUAGACUUUUUAACGCACGAUUCAACUUGUACAUAGCCCUUUUGAUAUACGCUAAAUUAGGUGUGAGUAGAUUCGUUCCUGUAGUUUAAGUUCGAUUUAGGUAAACAAAGUAUAUAACCCGGUUUACGUACUUAUUGUUAAUCGGAGUAAGUUUCAAUGGACAACGUUAAACGGAUUUAGUUAUUUCAACCAUUAUAAAAACGCUAAUUCAAAUACUGAGUGUGAUCUUUCCCGUUAUUAAAACCUUUUUAUACGUAGUCGAAAAAGUUAUUCAAAGAUCGUAAUAGCUCUACACCAUUUGCAGUCCGGAUCGAAGUAAAAAUUCUACUUUCCGUAUAUUGUUGUACAUGUGAUGAUUUACACUUAAUUUCACUGGUCGUAUCCGUUUAAAACAAGUAUAUUAUGUCGAUUAAAGAACAAGUGUCAACACCUUACAUUAUAGGUAUACUAAUUCUGCAGAAUAUAAUGUUAGUUUUGAACAAUGAUUAUACAACAAGUUACAACAGUUUUUAAAGUUUAAAUAUAUAAUAUACUUUAUCAAAUUUUUAAUGAAUUUGAAAGUAUAGGGACCAAGUUAAUUUCUUCCGAUCGUGAAUAUAAAUUUCGAGAUCCCAUGAUAAUUUCAUAUAAUAAUCCAUCACUUACCACUGAUAAAUAGAUAAGUUUUAUUGAACAUUUCAUCAUUUAAUUAACUAUAUGCCCCGAUGUAAUAGUCUCGUAUGUAUUUGAUUCACCCGUCUGCAUCGAUUACUCAUAUCAAGAUCAUUUUCAGUGGCCAGCUACUACGUCUUAGAGAGAAAAAUUCUCCUCAAACCUAAAUCAAUCGAAUGCCUUAAAUAUAAAAAUCUCUGUCAUAUUUUUAUUCACAUUUUUGCUGGUUGUGUUACGGAAUAUAUUUAUUUUGCAUGAAUGAGAUUGAUUUCAGUUUACUUAUAUUGUUCGAUGAUUUUUCGACCAUUUGUCGCAGUCGAUUACAGCUACAGGCAUGUACGAGU